AUGGCUUUGAACGAGAAACCCAUUGUUCUGUAUCACUAUGAGAACUCGCCGUAUUCCCGAAGAGUGUCGUGGUAUCUUGCUUUAAAGGGAAUCAAGUACCAGCAAUGCAUCCAGCCUCGCAUCAUGCCCCGUCCAGACAUUCACCGUCUGGGCGUGAAAUACAGACGCAUCCCCAUUCUCACCAUAGGCAGAGACGUGUACCUCGAUACGCGACACAUCCUCACAAAGCUCAGUAACCUACCCCCAGGACGAGACAACGUUCGUCUAUCAACCGCUACUACUCCUGAACAGAGGGCGUUGCAGCAUCUGCUCAACGUGUACGUCAUGGACACCGGCUUCUCGAGAACAGUGGUGCAGCUCGUGCUAUACAGCCACAAGGGUCUGAACGACCCGGCCUUUGUCAAAGACCGCGCCGAAUUGAUCGGCAGCAGCACGUUUUGGCCGCGGGAGAAUUUGGAGGCGAUGAGGCCGGAGGCGAUUCGCAGGGUACAGGACGGAUUCGACUUUUUGGAGAAGACGCUGUUGAGUGAUGGGAGGAAGUGGCUUCUUGGUACGGAGGGGCCGAGUUUGGGGGACAUUGAGAUUGCGUGGGCGUUUCUGUGGUUGGAGAGGGUGCCGGGGGCGAUGCCGGAGGCGUGGUUCUCCAAGGAGAUUUUUCCGAGGGUGUUUUCUUGGAUGGAGAGGUUUAGGGGGUUUGUUGAGGAGGCGGAGAGGGAGUUGGGGGAGAUUGAGACGUUGACUGGGGAUGAGGCUGCCGAGGCGAUUCUUGGUUCGGAGUAUCAUGAGGCUGAGGGGAGGGUGGAUGAGAGUGAUGCGUUGGUGAAGCAGUUGGGGUUGAGCAAGGGGUGCUUGGUGACGGUCUGGCCGACGGAUACGGGGGUGAAUCAUAAGGAGGUGGGAAGGUUGGUGAGUGUUGGUGGGAAGGAGGCUGUUGUUGAUGUUGAGGCGGAGGGGGGAGGGACGGUGAGGGUACAUGUGCAGAGGCAUGGGUUUGCGGUUGCGCCGGUUGAGGAGUAG